AUGCACGAUCAGUGGUUCCUCGCAAGUGAACAUAUACCAGAUGGCUUAUAUUUAAUUGAAGUUCUUCAUUCUGGUAAAUUUAUAACAUUUACACCAGAACGUUCAACAUUAGUACAACAAGAUCAAAAUGUACAGAAUGAAGCUGAAACACAAGUAUUUGAAAUUCAACAUAUUGGCUAUCGUGAUUAUAUUAUUCGACAUCAUUUAACUGGUCUUAUUUUAACCGUACAUAAUGGUUCGCCGUCACCAUGUGCUCCUAUUAUUCUUGGCCGUUCUAUGGGUGUUCGUACACCAUAUCAAACAGUUAAUUUUGAACGAUCGAGUAGUCAAUCGGAUGAUUUUAUUAUAUUUCUAAAACAUACACGGAUGGUACUUGAUAUUGAUGGUGGAAGUCAAAGUUCCAAUGCUCGGCUUCUUCAAUUUCCUCAAAAGAAAAACAAUAAUUUGGAACAAUUUACUCAGCGUUUUCGUCUUCAUCCUAUUGUUGAUCACACAACUCAACCGACUAUUAUCAUUCCUGCUGAAUAUAUUCGAUAA